AUGUGCUUCAAUUUCAUAAUGCCUCCUGCUAUGGCAGAUAUCCUUGACAUCUGGGCAGUGGAUUCACAGAUACCAUCUGAUGGCCCCAUACCUGUGGAUUUCCUUUUGCCCACUGGGAUUUAUAUCCAGAUGGAGGUACCUCGGGAAGCUACCAUUUCUUACAUUAAACAGAUGUUGUGGAAGCAGAUUCACAAUUACCCAAUGUUUAGCCUCCUUAUGGACAUUGACUCUUAUAUGUUUGCAUGUGUGAAUCAAACUGCUGUAUAUGAGGAGCUUGAAGAUGAAACAAGAAGACUCUGUGAUGUCAGACCUUUUCUUCCAGUUCUCAAAUUAGUAACAAGAAGUUGUGACCCAGGAGAAAAAUUAGACUCAAAAAUUGGAGUCCUUAUAGGAAAAGGUCUGCAUGAAUUUGAUGCCUUGAAGGAUCCUGAAGUGAAUGAAUUCCGAAUAAAAAUGCGCAAAUUCAGUGAGGAAAAGAUUCAGUCGCUUGUGGGAUUGUCUUGGAUAGAGUGGCUAAAGCAAACAUAUCCACCAGAGCAUGAACCAUCCAACCUUGAAAACUUAGAAGAUAAACUCUAUGGAGGAAAGCUCAUUGUGGCUGUUCAUUUUGAAAAUUGCCAGGAUGUGUUUAGCUUUCAAGUAUCUCCUAAUAUGAAUCCUGUCAAAAUAAAUGAAUUGGCAAUCCAGAAACGUUUGACUAUUCAUGGGAAAGAAGAUGAAGUUAGCCCCUAUGACUAUGUGUUGCAAAUUAGCGGGAGAUUAGAAUAUGUGUUUGGUGAUCACCCACUAAUCCAGUUCCAGUAUAUCCGGAACUGUGUAAUGAACAGGACCUUGCCCCAUUUUAUGCUUGUGGAAUGCUGCAAGAUCAAAAAGAUGUAUGAACAGGAAAUGAUUGCCAUAGAGGCUGCCAUAAAUCGAAAUUCGUCUAACUUUCCUCUUCCUUUACCACCAAAGAAAACACGAAUUAUUUCUCAUGUUUGGGAAAAUAACAGCCCUUUCCAAAUUGUCUUGGUAAAGGGAAGUAAACUUAACACAGAAGAAACUGUAAAAGUUCAUGUCAGGGCUGGCCUUUUUCAUGGUACUGAACUUCUGUGUAAAACCAUUGUAAGCUCAGAGAUAUCAGGGAAAAAUGAUCAUAUUUGGAAUGAACCACUGGAAUUUGAUAUUAAUACUUGUGACCUGCCACGAAUGGCAAGAUUAUGUUUUGCUGUUUAUGCAGUUUUGGAUAAAGUGAAAACGAAGAAAUCAACUAAAACGAUUAAUGCCUCUAAAUAUCAGACCAUCAGGAAAUCUGGGAAAGUGCAUUAUCCUGUAGCAUGGGUAAAUACGAUGGUUUUUGACUUUAAAGGACAGUUGAGGUCUGGCGACAUAAUAUUGCACAGCUGGUCUUCAUUUCCUGAUGAACUUGAAGAAAUGUUGAAUCCAAUGGGAACUGUUCAAACAAAUCCAUAUACUGAAAAUGCAACAGCCUUGCAUAUCAAAUUCCCAGAGAAUAAAAAACAACCUUAUUAUUACCCUCCCUUUGACAAGAUUAUCGAAAAGGCAGCUGAGAUUGCAAGCAGCGAUAGUGCUAAUGUAUCAAGUCGGGGUGGAAAAAAGUUUCUUCCUGUACUGAAGGAAAUCUUGGACAGGGAUCCCUUGUCUCAACUGUGUGAGAAUGAAAUGGAUCUUAUUUGGACUUUGCGGCAAGAUUGCAGAGAAAACUUCCCACAGUCACUGCCAAAAUUAUUACUGUCAAUCAAGUGGAAUAAACUUGAGGAUGUUGCUCAGCUUCAGGCACUACUUCAGAUUUGGCCUAAACUGCCCCCGCGGGAGGCCCUGGAGCUUCUAGAUUUCAACUAUCCAGAUCAGUAUGUUCGGGAAUAUGCUGUGGGCUGCCUGCAACAGAUGAGCAAAAGAAUACAGAGCAGAAUUGGCAAAGGAAAAAGAUUCAUGGGGCAAAGUCUGGAGGAAACCAGUGACGAAGAACUCUCUCAGUAUCUUUUACAACUGGUGCAAGUUUUAAAAUAUGAGCCUUUUCUUGAUUGUGCCCUCUCUAGAUUCCUAUUAGAAAGAGCACUUGCUAAUCGGAGGAUAGGGCAAUUCCUAUUUUGGCAUCUUAGGUCAGAAGUACACAUUCCAGCUGUCUCCAUACAAUUUGGUGUCAUCCUUGAAGCAUACUGCCGGGGAAGCGUAGGGCACAUGAAAGUGCUAUCCAAGCAGGUUGAAGCACUCAAUAAGUUAAAAACUUUAAAUAGUUUAAUCAAACUGAAUGCAGUGAAGCUAAACAGAGCCAAAGGGAAAGAGGCCAUGCACACUUGUUUAAAACAGAAUGCUUACCGGGAAGCUCUCUCUGACCUGCAGUCACCUCUGAACCCAUGUGUCAUCCUCUCAGAACUCCAUGUUGAAAAGUGUAAAUACAUGGAUUCUAAAAUGAAGCCUUUGUGGCUGGUGUACAACAACAAGGUGUUUGGUGAGGAUUCAGUCGGAGUGAUUUUUAAAAAUGGUGAUGACUUACGACAGGAUAUGCUAACACUCCAAAUGCUGCGCUUGAUGGAUUUACUCUGGAAAGAAGCUGGUUUGGAUCUUCGGAUGUUGCCUUAUGGCUGUUUAGCAACAGGAGAUCGCUCUGGCCUCAUUGAAGUUGUGAGCACCUCUGAGACAAUUGCUGACAUUCAGCUCAACAGUAGCAAUGUGGCUGCUGCUGCAGCCUUCAAUAAAGAUGCCCUUCUGAACUGGCUUAAAGAAUACAAUUCUGGGGAUGACCUGGACCGAGCCAUUGAAGAGUUUACCCUGUCCUGUGCUGGCUACUGUGUAGCUUCUUAUGUCCUUGGCAUUGGUGACAGACACAGUGACAACAUCAUGGUCAAAAAAAACGGCCAGCUCUUCCACAUUGAUUUUGGACAUAUUCUUGGAAAUUUUAAGUCUAAAUUUGGUAUUAAAAGGGAGCGGGUGCCUUUUAUUCUUACCUAUGAUUUCAUUCAUGUGAUUCAACAAGGAAAAACAGGAAACACAGAAAAGUUUGGUCGGUUCCGCCAGUGUUGUGAGGAUGCAUAUCUGAUUUUACGACGGCACGGGAAUCUCUUCAUCACUCUCUUUGCCUUGAUGUUGACUGCAGGGCUUCCUGAGCUCACAUCAGUCAAGGAUAUACAGUAUCUUAAGGACUCUCUUGCCUUAGGAAAGAGUGAAGACGAAGCACUCAAGCAGUUUAAGCAAAAAUUUGAUGAGGCACUCAGGGAAAGCUGGACUACUAAAGUGAACUGGAUGGCCCACACAGUUCGGAAAGACUACAGAUCUUAAUGAUGAGCCUUUUUGCUUCUAAUGCAUUUGUUGGUUUCGUUUCGUUUUCAUUUUGCACUUGCACUAAAUUGAACAUGACCCUGCCAGAGAUGUUAUAAAGGGAAUGAAAUUCUGAAUCUCAGUUCAAUUAAGAACAAGGCAUCACACAGAACCUAAUCUGAACAAUCCCCAAUGACCACCCUCUGCUUUUUGAAUGCUUCCAAAAUUUGUCACGAAAACUGUCAACAUUAUGGAUAAUCAUUUCCCUGCUGACUUUGCACGCCAAGGAAUGCUACUAGAGAUUGUUUUUUGUCUUUCUGACUUUUUUUUUCAUUAUUUGGUACUUUUCAGAAAGGUGUAAAUACUUUUUUUUUUGAAUUGUGACCAAGUGUUAUCACUCAGCCAACUUAUUCACAUCUGGGGACUGGUGGCUGUUCUUAAUUUCCAAAUAAGUUUUCUUCCUUUUUAAAUUGUAUAAACUACCAAUUAUAUAAUUUGAAAUUGUGAUUAUUUUUCAAAGGAAAUCUUUUAAACCCAUGGAAACAUUAAUUCUUUUGUUGAUAUUUAUUAUCUGCCAUGAUAGCAUCAUUCCAACCAGACUUGCUGAAAGCCUAUUGGUGAGGCAAAUAUAUUUGCUGCAUAUAUAUUUAUAAAAUUUCUAGUGGAAGUUCUGUAUAAGAAGAUGUAUCUUUGGUUUUCUUCAGCUUCUGUUUUAUGAAAAGCAGAGCAUUUUCCUCAGUUACUUUUCAGUUAAUUAUGUGAUCCAGUUCUUCCAACUGCUUCUGUAAUGAGGCAUAUAUUAAUAGUUUUUACACAGUAUCUAUGAAAGAGUUCACUUCAUAGAACAUCAUACUUGAGCAAAUGUACCCAAGACAGAAAGCAAAUGAAAAGGAAACUAUUUAUGGAAUAAACUCUAGACCUAAAACUCAGUAUUUUAGUAAAAUGCCAGCUGUUAGUGUAUUUAUUAAAACUUAUAAUAAUGUGAUUUUUUAAAAGGAUAUUAGUUCAAAUUGAAAUGGUUUCAUGCCAUGUGGAAUUCUUUAAUUUAUUUGUUGAGGUACCAUAUAUUUAGGGUGCUAGAUGGCAAAUAAUGUUAAUAUGUGCAAUAGGAACUACUGGUUUGAAUGUGUAAAUGGAUGCUCUUUCUGAGUACUGGCAACAUCCAGCAAAACUACUGCUUUUUCUCCAAAGACUAUUGGGAUCUCUCAGUCCUCAUGACAUGGGAAAGAGAACUGAGUAUUUGCCCUGUGACUGAGUUUUCUAUAGGAACUUCAUUAAAGAUUGUUUAAUUUUGUUGUCUUCCUUCAUGUUCUCAAAUAAACGGGUGAGCUGGUUUCAGCUGCUCUUGGGAUGUGUGGGCUUCUUCUAUAUGGCAGCACAGGUAUGUGGACCUCAGCGCUGGGAUUCUUGAAGAAAUGACCAAGACAAACUAACCUAAGGAAUUGUGAGGCAUGUGGUCUCUUCCCUGACUUCACUCCUUGCUUCCUAGUCCUGAGGCAAGAGGGUACCCUCAUCCAGUUUUCAUAUCUUUGGGAGUUACCCUUAGGUCUGGGAGAAUGCCUCUUCAGUUAACUCAGUCUCCAAGUCAAGGCCAGACUGUACCACUUUGGUGCUCUCUCUUCCAUGGGGUGCAGAUACUCAGAGCAGGCUACAGUUUCUUGGAAAUAACUCAGCUGAGGGUGGCGGUUGACCUCUCAACAUUCCCAGGGCUGGUCUAGAUUCAUUGAGAGUUCUAGGAAUAGGACUAGAAGGAUGGUUUAUUCAGGGAGUUUUGUCUGGUAUCAGUCCAUCAUUACAUACCCCAUGUUGUAGGUCAGGGGUUUUGGAGAGUAGUGAACAUUGCCAGGCAGAAGUGGGACUACUGUUUCCAGAGGGUCCUCCUCAGCCCAUAGGGAACCUUUAUAAAUAUAUGUUAAAUCAGUGAAUAUGAAUGUCUUUAAGAGCCAGGAAGGGAAAUGGACUGCCCCAGGCAUACCAGACCUGAGUCGAGAAUGCUCUUUUCAUACACUCUCCCCGACUCCUGAACUGUAGGCCCUCUAAGGACUCCAGGAGUAGCUGCUGAGGAUGGCUAGCAGGUGCUCCUAGGUACUUGCUGAAUUGCCUGCCUGAUUCUCAGGGGCUCUGCUGAGCCAGUGAGGAGGAGGUGGAAGGCAGAGGAUAGGCAGCUUCUGGGAUGGGUUGGGGUCUAAACUGCAGGAUGAGCUAGCUUCUUGCAUGGGAGCUGGUUACUCAGUGACUUGGCUCUAAGUGCUCUGGUCAACAUUGGAUCUUAUGCCCAAACAUUUAGGUCCCUCUCUUUUUGGUACUUUCUCAAGUUUUCCCAAAAAAGUUUUGGAAACUCUGUACAUUUCCAUAGUUGGGGACAGCAUCUCUAUCGACCCAGGUCUGAGAACACAAAGGAUGGCUUUGUUGAACAAGUAAUUCCUGAGUAUCCACCUCAUGUCUGCAGACAGACCCUGAGCUGCAGAGGCCAACAUUUGCUAUCCAGCUCUGCCUCUGUGACCCUUGAGUAAAGUAUUUAUUUUAUUAUUUCUCAGGGUCUGAGCUUCCUAGUUUGUAAAAUGGGACUGAUGAUAACUGUUCCUCACUUUGGUGGAGUGGGGAGAGGCCAGGUUAAGGCUGUGAAUGGGAACUGUCAGCACCAGACCUCAGCCAGGCAGCCUGUAAUGUGGGGUCACUCUUCUUCAGAAGGUGAAAGAUUGGUCCUUGGGUUGGAAAGCAGAAAGGUACCAUACCAUGUGACCCUGACAACUGGGGAUGAACAGCUCUUAGGAGGGGGCAGGGGCUGAGGUUUUUCAGAGGAGUAGGCCUCUGAACAGAGUCUUCAAGGACAGAUGGCAAGAAGGUACAGCAUAUGUAAAGGUCUGGAAUUGAGAAGAGAGCAGGGUUCGUGGUCAGUAACACAGUCAACAAUCACUUCUUUCCAUCUGCCUCUUCCUCCACUCCAGAAUGCUUCUGCCUCUUCUCAGGGAUCCAGGAUCUAAACAUCAGUCAUGAAUUUUCUCCUUUGUGAAAUGCCUCCUUCAGUCUUUUGUGCAUUUAUUUAUUUGGUUACAUGUUACUUUGUUGUUUUUUUUUUUAAUUUGAGGAUGGAUUUAGAAAUUUUUGUGUGUGUGAAAUUCUGUAUAUUGUAUGCAAGCCCUCUGUCAGUCAUAUGUGUUGGAAAUUUCUACUCAUUGUGUGACUUUCUCUUAAAAGUUUCUUCUAAUCUUAAUGUCAAGUUCAUCAUUAUUUUCUUUUAUAGUUAAUAUUUCUUGUGUAGUAUUUAAGAAAUCUUUCUCUACCCCAAGGUAGGUAGUCUCUCCUGGAUUAUCCUAAAUGCUUUAUUAGUAUUAUUUUUUUACCUAUUCUAUUUAGAUCUACAGUCUACCUGGAUUGCUUUUUUUAUAUAGUGUGAAGUGAGAGCCAAAUUUUGUUUUUUCCCAUACAGGCACCAAGUUGUCCCAGUGUCUUAUUGGAAAAAUAAUCCUUCCCCAUUGUUCUGUAGAGCCACCUUUGUCAUAAACCAAGUGUCCAUAUAUGCAUGAGUCUGCUUCUGGAUGCUAGAAGAUAUCCAGUAGAUUUCAUCUCCCUAUUUUUAUUUUAUUAUCAAAUUCAUACACACUGUUAAAUGUGCUAGGCACACAUCUAAACUAUAUGUAUUUAUUCCUUAUAACAAUCUUAUGUAAUAGGUACAAUUGUUCUCCCCCACUUUACAGAUGAGAAAACUGAGGCACAGAAGGUUCAGUAAUUUGUCUAAAGUAGAAGCUGGUAUUCAAAUCCAGGGAGUCUGUCUUGAGUGUUCAUGUUCUUUAGUCACAAUUAUUGUUGAUGCCUUCAUAUAUAUUUAGAAUCUGCUUGUUGAGAUCCACAGAAAGAAACCUAUGGAAAUUUUGAAUGGGAUGGAAUUAAAUGAUAGAGUAGGCUGAGGCAAAUUGACAUCUUCAGAAAUUGACUCUCCCAAUUUAUGACAACAUAGUACAAUUUAUAGUUUUCUAUGUAUAGUCUUGUAUAUUUGAUUUUGUUUCCUUGUUGCUAAUAUAUAGCAGUUCUCAAAGAGUGGGCUCCUGACUAGGAGCAUUGGCAUCACUUGGGAACCGAUUAUAAGUGCAAAUUCUUGAGCCCCACACCAGACCUACUUACUGAAUCAGAAACUCUGCAGAUGGAAUCCAACAACGUGUUUUAAGAAAAGUUUAAAGUUCCAGAGCAAUCAAUAGAAAUGCAAUUGUUGUAUUGGCAGACUUGCCAAACAUUCUUCUUAUUCCUAUUUGUAGAAAUUAUUUUGAUUUUUGUAUAUAUCAUUUACAAACAAUUGUAGCUUCUGUUCUGACAUUUUAUUUCUUUUUUUGCCUUUCUGCAUUGGCUAGGAAUUGCAAUAAAAGGUUAAAUAGAGGCAAUAUUCAACCUUUUACUGAUCUCAAAGGAAACGUUUUCAACAUUAAAUAUGGUGUUUUCCCUAGAAUCUGGAUCUUUUACCAGUUUAAGGAAGCAAACUUCAGUUCCCAUGGGGCUUUUUUUUUAAUUGUGAACAAGAGCUUCUGGAUUGGUGAAUGCAUGCACGGACCAGCUGUUGGCACACCCCAAAUCCACAGGCAACAGCAGCUGCUGUGCUCAGGUCCCACCCAGACCUUGCCCUAGUGGACCUCUUCAUCAGUAUGUUCACAUGUAACUUUUAUAAUGUCCCCUAUAAUAAACUGGUAAUGGUACACUAAAAAAAAUCAUGAAAGGAUGUUGAAUUUUAUCAAAUUAUUUUUCUUCUCUAUUUUACUAAGAUGAUCAUAUAUAUGGUUUUUCUCAUUCGCUGAGUUAUACUGAUAUGGAAAUAUUAAACCAGGUUUACAUUCUGGGAAUGAGCAACUUGAUUGUGAUAUAUUAUCUUUUUAUAUAUAUUGCUGGGUUUGAUUGCCAAUAUUUCAUUUGAGAUUUUGGAUCUAUUUCAUCAUUGGGAUUGGUCCUUUUUUUUAAAGGUCUGUGUCAGGUUUUGCUAUCAAGGUUUUGUGACCUUAUAACACAAGUAAGACUGACAUUAUUUCCUACUUGAAAGUUUGAUAGAAUUUUGUGAGUAACCUUGUUUGAUGUUUUCUUUGAGAUACGAAUAUAAUUUCUUUAAAAGCUAGAGGACUACUCAGAUGUUUAUAUCUUCUUGUAUUCAUAGUAAUGAGUUCUAAUUUUCUAGGAAUGUGUCCAUUUCAACUACAUUUUCAAAUUUAUUUUUAUAAAUAAUUCAUGUGUUACAAGUUUAUUAAUGUUGCAGGAUUGAAAGUGGUAUCUUUCACUCUUGGUAUUGAUUAGUGCCUUCUUUAUUUUCUUAAUUAGUCUCUCUAGAGGUUUUCCAAUUACACUGGUCUUUAAAAAAAUCAGUUCUUGGCUUUUUUGAUCCUCUGUUAUAUGUUUGUUUUAUUCUCCUUUUAUCUUUAUUUCAUUCCUUCUACUUUAUUGUAUUUAUUUUGCUGUUAUUCCUCCCCUCCAAUUGUGUAAGAUGUUUGCUUAGCUGAUCAAUUUUAGCUUAUAAUAGUAAAUCUUUAUCUGCAUCCCAUUAGUUUUGAUAUGACGUCUUCAUUACCAUUCAG